AUGGGUCUUGGUACUGAAAAUGAACCCCAGAAGUCGGUGACAACCACCGUCGCGCCACAGUCCUUACCGGGUAACCAAGCCGGCCGCCUCGAUCUCGAGCGACGCGACACUUCUCGAGACACUCUCACAAGCGGGCGAGCCCCUAGCGUGGCGCCAGACGAUGAGCCAGAGAACAGAAAAAACUCGAGGAAGAUCAUAUCGUUCAGCUCCAAUGACCCAGAAAGUCCCUACAACUGGCCGCGGAGAAAGAAGUUGUACAUUUUCUUCUGUGGCAUCAUAACUGUUAUGAACAGCACCAUUUCCUCGUCGUUACCGAGCGGAGCAAUCACUUUCAUUGCGAAGCAUUUUGAUGUCACACAAGAAAUUCAGCUCCCUUUGCCGAUAUCAUGUUUCCUGGCGGGUUAUGUGGUAGGCCCCACGCUCUGUGGCCCUCUGUCCGAAAACAAUGGUCGACAACGAGUCAUCUUAUCCUUUUUCGUCAUGUCUACCCUAUUCAGCAUGGCUUGCGCACUGGCCCCUAACUGGCCCUGUCUGCUCUUCUUUCGCUUUAUGUGUGGGGUUGGGUUUUCUGGGCCAAUCGCAAUUACAGGAGGACUAUACGCCGACGUAUAUAACGAUCCAAGGGAGCGUGGAUUGGCAAUGGCUUGGUUCAUGGUUGCGACGACGUUCGGCCCCGUCAUUGCACCCGCCAUUUCAGGGUUCAUCGCAGAGAACACCUCAUGGCGGUGGGUAUUCGCCGUGGGCACUCUGCUCGCCGUCGCCACUAUUCCCUUCAUCAUUUUUAUGCCAGAGACCUACACCCCGGUCCUCCUGAGUCGCAAAGCAGCACGACUACGCAAAGAAACAGGUGAUCCUACGAUCGUUGCUAAAACCGAUCUUCAAAAGAAAACGUGGCGUCAUGUCGUUACCGUUGUCAUGACCCGGCCCUACCGCAUGCUGUUCCAGGAGGUCAUUGUCAUGUGCGUGGCAGCAUAUUGCUCUCUGGCGUACGCAAUCUUCUACCUGUAUUUCGAGGCAUACCCUAUUAUCUUUCAGGGUCCAGAUUCCGUGUACAAAUGGUCAUAUGGACUCGCAGGUCUCGCUUUUAUUCCCAUUGGACUUGGAUCACUCCUCGCGGCACCUAUAUAUCUUUGGUGGGACUCUUAUCUGGCCAAGGCACGGAAAAGACAGGCAAAGUGGGCACAACAGGAAGAGUACAGGCGAUUACCACUGGCUUGCAUUGGAGGGCCAAUGUACGUGGUCUCUCUGUUCUGGAUUGGGUGGAGUGCAAAGCCGGGAACCUUUUGGCUCGCCCCUGUCGCCUCAGGAGUCAUCUUUGGAGCAGCAUUCCUACUCAUCUUCAUGGCUCUGCUCAAUUAUCUUACCGAUGCUUACGAAACAUUUGCAGCCAGUGCGCAGGGUAUCACCAGUACCAGUCGGAGCGUGUUUGGUGCGCUCUUGCCCCUAGCUGCGCAUAGCAUGUUCUCCCACCUGGGCAUCGCCUGGGCGUGCAGUUUACUUGCGUUUCUUAGUCUGGGAAUGUGUUUCAUCCCUUUUGCAUUUAUCAAAUAUGGUGAUCGGAUCCGGGACAACAGUAAGUUCUGUCAGGAAUUAAAGGAGAUCAAGGCGAGAGAAGCUGCGGAGAGGGAGGAGGAAGAGCGGGAGGAAACGGUGAAAGUCGAGAACGGUGAUAUAUCCAGAGAAGGGAAUAGGGAGAAGGACGAUGAAAUGAUGCAUGAUCAGGUAUGA